UUAGUUGCAUAUGUAUAUUCGUGCGGCACUCACUGUCAUCCAGAAGGUGGCUAUAGUAAAAAGAAGAAAGCAGCGAAAAAACGUAAAAACAACACAACAAAUUGUUUGGUAAUUUGGAAAAUAUAGAUUUUGCAGCAGCAGGUGCAACAGAAUGGACAUUAUGGACAUACAAGCUGUCGAAUCUAAGCUUAGUGACGUCACAGUGACACCAAUACCACGCUCCCAAGUACAAAACUUCUACAACUAUCAGCAGCAGCGCGAACAGCGUGAACAGCAGCCACAAAUACAAAUAUCCGCCAUACAUCAUUCGCGCGGUGGCAACAGCAGUAGCGGCAACAAUAACAACAGCAGCAGCAACAAUAGCAGCCAAAUGGUUGCCAGCGAUUAUUCGACCAAUAACAGUGGCAACAACAGCAGCAGCAGCAAACGCGAUCGUGCAGCAGCUUCAGCUGCCGCCGCAGCUGCAGUAGCAGCCUUACAAUACUCGCCACAAUUUCUCCAAGCCCAGCUGGCGCUGCUUCAGCAACAAUCAAAUACCACUGCCACACCAUCGAGCACAUCCUCCUCGUCCACAUCAGCAGCAGCGGCAGCAGCUGCUGCAGCCGCAGCAGCCAUUUCACUAGCCAACAUUGCUGCCGUUUCAAAUGGACGCAACAGCAACAGCAAUGCAAAUCUUAAUAGCAACAGCAGCAACAUCAACGUCAACAAUCUUGGCUUGAAUCUCACACAGUCGCAGCUUAAAUACCCGCCACCAUCAACAUCACCGCUGGUAACCACACAACAAUCGGCGAAUAUAACCACACCACUAACAUCCACCGCCAAUCUGCCGACGGUGGGCAGCCAGCAGCCAGGCAAUGGCCUUAGCAAGUACGCCCAGCUGUUGGCUGUCAUUGAGGAAAUGGGCCGCGACAUACGUCCAACAUAUACGGGCUCGCGCAGCUCCACGGAGCGUUUGAAGCGCGGCAUUGUUCAUGCUCGCAUUCUAGUGCGUGAGUGCCUCAUGGAAACGGAGCGGGCGGCACGUCAAUGAGUGGAGGAGGCAAGCGGCCAGUCAACACAGUCGCAGCAACUCAACUCGCCAGACUAACUUAAAUCUACUAUUAGCAGCAAAUACUAUCAAAUACUUGACCAUUGAGGGCACUGACAACUGAAAA